CCAGUAAGUGGGCUGGUUCAGUGAUGUAACGCGGGGUGAGAGGUAGUCUGAGGACUUGUUGACUUUUUCUGGGACCAAUGAGACGGUGGCAUUUUUUGACCUUUGAUGCAAGCACUGAUUACAAAGUGGAUGCAAAUAUUUACAGUAUGUACAAGUGUGCAUACACUGAUUGCAGAAUGUGCAGUGAGGCACCAUAGCCCAUGUGUUGCUUAUGCACAUCGUAAGACUGACCAUUUUCCAUAGCAUGACACUUCAAAUCAACUCAUUUUCAUCACUCUGAGCAGCUAUUUGUGUUAAUCAAAAAGUAAUUUUGCAAUUUAAAUUAAAGGACAGUUAUUCUGUUGUUCUAACACAGUUGGAUACCAUGACUGAACACCCUAUUUAAGAACGAUGUAUUCAUAUGCACAUGGUAAGGCAAGGUCAGAGACAUGGCUCACAUGUUCAGUCAUGUGAACAUUAGUCUCUAACAAAUGGAGUUUAUAUUGACUAUGUUUACCCACUGUCUAUCCUGCAUUUCCAGCGACAUGUUCCAUGGAAACAGUUCAUAGAAUCUCCCUCUGCUUAUUCUGCACCUACUUCCGUGCAAAAAACCUGCCAGUGCCAAUAUUACUCACUUUGCAACACAACUGCUGACCUUUUGUUUGGAGAUAACUGUGUGUCACACUGUUGGUAGCCUUGAGCUAUUCGCCUCAGUAAAUGAUGAGGAGAGGCUUACAAAGGUCCGAGAAGAAUUCUUAUUUUAAAAACAUGCAGAUUUGAGACUCAAGUGACAUCUUUUUUAUGAAGUAUUAAUUUAUUUACUGCAAUAUUUGCCCAACAAAAGACUUCAUAUGAGUUUGAUGGCGCAGGUCACGAUUACACAAAGCAAGUAUGUUAGAAAUUAGAAAUGAUUCAAGCAAUGACUUCCUGGAUGGCACGGAAAACACACAUAGAUUAACAUGGAUCCAGACCAUGUUACACACUUGGAGAUACCUGGAGUAUUUUAUGUUUGAUACAUUUUCUUUCCUCAAGCAAAUUCAAUAAAAACAGAACAAACAAUUGCAUCUACCCCAUCUUCCUGCAAAUAUGAUGUUUCAAGAACGAACAACUAAACAGGAUAUUUCUCACGUUACUGAAAUUGAUUGUGACAAUGCACAUGCACACAUUUUUUCAAUUACAAAGCCUGAAGUGAUGUCAGAAACUCAUCCUCUGAUUAACUGGGAAUCACAGAGAAGCUCUGAAGCAGAGAGGGACUUUAACUAAAAUCCCAGUAUGCUUUGGAAAAUGGUCCACCUUGGUCUAAAGUAUGAACAAGUGAAAUUGUAACCAGUAUGAUAUUUAAAACAAUGCCAUCUUCUAGUCUUUUGACUGCAAUGUCAAAGUUUCAAGUAUCCCAUAUCACUGCAUACUUACAAACAUUGUCAAUAGCCUCAUUCAACCACAAAGUUUUUGGUAACACAUCAUUUUAAUUACAUUAUAACUCACAGGCUGUAAAAGCAUCACCUAAUUUUCCAGUUCUGACAAACAUGAAUUAGGAAUAUGGAGGACAGAUGCCUGCAUUUAGUCAUGUGAUGCCAACCGAAAGGUCUGUGGGAAAAAGCUUGAUUGGUUUGCAGCAAAGCAGAAAAGCAUAUGUGUGUAUGUUUCAGAAAAUGUAACCAUUAAAACAAACAAGUCUCAUAGUAAAUUGUAAUGGGUCCACCAUACUGGUGCCGAACUAUGCUGUGCUCAAUAUGUGUGCAAUUCUUUCUACAGGAGACAUUAGAAAAACACCAUGAGUGUCUUAAGAAGCAAAGAGAUGCAGUGAAAUACAGACUGAAGAAACUGGCAACACGGCAAACAGAAAUCACCAAAAAGUCCUCAGUGAUAAAGGAGAGCGUCAUAAGGAAAUAUCAAGAGAUCCGAGCCAUACUGGACGAGGAUCUGCGGACGACUCUGUCCCACCUGGAGAUGGAGGAACGGGCCACGGUGUCUGCUCUGGAUGGAAUGAUGGAGAAGAACUGUUCUCUAAUCCAGGACAUAGAGCAGGACAUGGCCCGACUCACUGUGGUACUAGAACAGGCUGACAAGGAGCCGGAUGCAAUGUCUUUCUUUCUGUACCCUGAGCAUCAAGACAUGGAGGCAGUUGAUAGAGUCAUGGAUGUACUAAGCAGGACAGACCCAAGCAGUGUGAGCCUGGACGAGGCUAAAGCCGAACAGAUCCUGAGCCUCACCAACAACAUGCUUCUGCUCAUCUGCUCCCAGACACCCAUAAUGAAGACACUCAUCAAGAGUUGUCAGUUCACAUAUUCCAGUGAGGUGUGUCUGGAUCCAGAGACUGCCCACCCAAAGCUGGUCAUCUCCCACCAAGGUGACAGCGCCACCUACACUGACACUUGGCAACAACUUCAGGACCUCCCUGGACGCUUUGACACCACCCUCAAUGUCAUCAGUUUGCAAGCGUUCAAAUUUGGCCGCCAUUAUUGGGAGAUUGAUGUGACUGGAAAAACAUACUGGGAGCUGGGAGUCACCUACCCGACCAUUCCCCGCAAGGGUACAACUGAGGACUGCUGGCUAGGCCGAGGGGAUGACUCUUGGUGUGUGGAGUUCUUCGAGGGGGAAUAUACAGCCUGGCAUGGACGGGUGCCCCAUCAGCUGCCUUUCACGAAACGUUUCUCUCGGAUUGGUGUCCUGUGUAGUUUCCCUGCAGGAUUGCUGACAUUUCUUGAGGCAGACAAAAUGGCGCCGCUGUUUUCUUUCUGUGCAGGAACCUUCACAGAUUGCCUCCACCUGGCCCUCUGUCCUGGUCAUGACCACAGUGGCACCAAUGCAAGGCCUAUUGUUAUCUGUAAUGCUGCAUCUCCAACCAGUGAUCUUUGAUCAGUAGCU